CCAAAAAAUUGAUAACUCGCAAUGGCAAACGACCCCCAAUGUCACAACCAUGCGGGAAGAGGAUAGCGGCCAUCAAAAUGAAAAAUCCGAUCAGGAGACAAGCGUGACCUCUUCUUCUUUUCCCACUGAGACCUCUGCAAGCAGCGCAGCCAGCAAGAACACUUUCGGAAAGUAUCCAAAGUAUCAAACCUCACAAGUCUCUUCUUCCGGUGGAGAAUCCGGAGACAGUAUCAGACAGACUCCUCCCCUCUCGGGUGUAAUUCCAACUAUCAACAGUACUUUGUCCAACUUGACCUCUCUCAGCGGUGUUUUCCCCUGCCAAGUUGCGGCGAACUCAAAAGGAUCAAAGACUCCUUCAAUCCCUCAGAUUGGGUGCCAAAAUUCCAGUGACCUUAAUUCGGCUACGCAGACAGGUAUUACUAUUGGUAAUCUUAAAAGCCCGACGGCUUUGCAGCAGAGCUCUCAAACCUCAUCUGGAUAUUCUUCAAAAGGUGACCUCAGUCACGUUAAGCCUCUCCCAAAGAAUGGCGGAAAGCUGAAUUCUGGGCAGGAUUACUAUAAGAGUACUUUACAAUCCAAGCCAACUGCGGACGGAACCUCUGCUACUGCAAAUGAUAGUCUUCUCUCGUCCAAUUUUUCGUCAAGUCUUUCUGCAACCUUUAAUCAGUCUUCCAGUUCAAGUAAAGAAUUCUCACAAAGUUCACCCAAUCCUUUGUUGGCUAAAGCACCCGGAAACAACCGCGACUCAACUGUGAAUGUUAAGCAGGCCCUAGGGAAAGAGUUGUCGUUAGAUUCAUCGAACAUUACGUUGGGGCCAGGAGGGCUUGAUAAACCUCCGUCUUUGGAGCAGGGAUUGCCCCCAAAUAUAUCACAUCCUCUCCUGGGUGUUGAAUCGACCCGGAAUAACUCGACCUUCGCGACCCCCAAUCCUUUGCUUCAUGCAAGCUCGAGCUCAAGCUCUUCGAGCAACACACAAGCAACAGAAAACCAAGUUCAGUCCAGCAGUUUUUCCGAAUCCCGGGAUCCGUUGAUUGACUCUGCGGCUAGAAAGGUGGAGAAUAACCAUGGGGCAUCUCAAGUCAAACAAGCGACAUCCAAUGAGUGGCGGAUCUCCGUCCAGAAUUCUUCAUCUGGAUUUUCAGGCCAAUCGCUCAACAUGACUCCCAACAGGACUCAUCCACAGCUCUUGGAGUCCAAGAGGUUUGGAAGUCAGAAUAGCACACAAUCUUUCAACCUUACUCAAUCACGUUCGACUUCUCAAGAGGUAGAUUCCCAGCUGGGCAAAAGCGUUCGUGCUUCAACCCAAACCAACAGCCGUAGCUCAGCUCACACUUCAAGCUCAAGUUCGGAAAGCACCUCCACCACCCCAGUUUCGAAGGAAGAGAGUCCAAAAUCCUCAGAACAGAGCCCGGCGAGCUCAUGGAUCGGCAAGACACUCUUGCCGAGUGCUUCGCCCAGUCAAGAUCAAGGAUAUCAGGUCAGCACUGGUGGAAAAAUCACCGUAAUUUCAGUCGGCUUGGGGUUUUCUAUCGGGGUUCUGAUCUUAGCCCUGGUGGGAGGAUUGAUGAAACGAAGGAUGCUGAGGAAGAACCGGCCACCAAGCUUCGAGAUCUCAAGGCCCAAGAGCCAUUUGGUAGAGGAAGGUAAUUCGAGCUUCUCCUCUCCGCGGGAAAGCAAUAUGGAAGGUGGCCUGCACGUUCCCGGUGUGCCAUUUCACCCGGAGUAUCAGAUCCCUGAUGACGAAGAAGUCGGGCUUGAUCCGUUUAGGACUAGCUAUCGACCGAACGCCUCUGACCCCCACGACAGAUACAACAGUUAUGCCAGUAGCUUUGGAAACUUUGUACAACCAAGGCCAGAUAUCGAUCAGGUUCAUUACCCUGGCCAAUUCUCAAGUCACCCACAAGAAUAUCUAGGGCCAGGUCCUCGAAGAUCAGACGGGACGAGCGUGAUUCCGAUCACAUUUAACCAGUUUGGCGGGCAGCCAAGACUGGGGCCACUUGAUCUCGAGGAUGAUGGCUAUGGAAGGCCAGAGCAUCUUCCCCACUCCGGUACCCCAUGGAAUCCACACCAACAACAGCUCAAUGAAGAUUGCGGGACCGAAGUCGGCACUCGUUAUAGUGAUGGAGAGACUAUGAUUGAAGAUGGAGAUGCGCCCCCUGUUCCGCGCUUAGAUUGGGAUCGAGUGCCACCUGUGCCUCCUUUGAACAUGGAUCGAUUCGAUAGAUGAUCACCUUCUUUUACACAAAACUAUUCUUGUAGAUCCCACAAUUUUCGUUUUUCUUUCAACUUCACGUAUUGUUGUCUUUUGUAUUUUGUGAUCCCGAUUUGUC